AUGGCGGCACCAUCGACCUCAGUAGUUACACGGUUUCCUGCAUACGUCUGCACCUCGUGCCGGAGCAGCCGUGGCGCCUGGCAGAGCGCGCGCUUCGUCGCAGUCCGUACAAUCUGCACCCUACCAUCCUCAAGGUCCCGCCGUGCGCCGCAACGAGCACUGCAGCCAUCGCGACCAUAUCCUCAAAUAUCGAGGCCAUUAGCCGUAGGGCGUGCGUCUCUUCCUCGGGUCAGGAGUGCCUGUUCCUACUCGACCACGAACGAUGCGUCGCAACCUACAAAAUCAGGCAUCACACCUCUUUCGCAUCGCCGCCUCCUCUUCCUCUCUGGCCCCGAUACAGUCAAGUUCCUCCAAGGCUUGAUCACGAACAAUGUCCAUGCGCACCGCGAUCAGCCGUUCUUCGCUGCUUUUCUCGAUUCCAGAGGUCGCGUGCUAUGGGACGUUUUUGUAUGGGUGUAUCCGGAGCUGCUGGCAAAUGAGGACCAUUGGAGUUGUUACGUUGAAGUCGAUGCAUCGGAGAUUGAAGCGCUAAGAAAGCACUUGAAGCGGCACAAACUUAGAAGCAAGGUUAGCAUUGAGCUCGUACCCGAAGAAGAGCUAGGUGUAUGGGCGGCGUGGGGCCAAGCAUAUAACAGCGUCAACGCGCAGGCAGUCAUAGCAGAUAUGUGUGAUCCACGCGGGGACAUGUCGACUCUCUGGAGGAUUCUAGCAAAGCCCGACAGCAGUCUUAUCAGUGGUGGAUCAGAGAUACAAGACAUACAGCAGUACCACUUGCAGCGUUACAAGCAAGGCAUUGCCGAAGGACCGCAUGAGAUCGCAAGAGAAAGCGCUUUGCCGAUGGAGGUCAAUAUCGAUCUGGCACAGGGUAUAGACUUCAAGAAAGGUUGCUAUGUCGGUCAGGAACUUACUAUCCGAACAAAACACACCGGCGUGGUUCGAAAGCGGCUCUUGCCUGUGCAGCUCGAUUUUUCUGGCAUUCCUCUAUCUUCAUCACUGCAACUGGAAUCCGGGGCCGAUAUUAAGCAGCUCGAUGAAACGGGUGCAAUCAAAAAGGGUCGCGCGACCGGCAAGUUCGUUACUUGCAUCGGCAACAUUGGUCUCGCGCUAUGCCGGUUGGAAAUGAUGACACCUAUGAGCGUGAGUGCUGAAGGUGGAAGCUACAGAGAUGGUAUGGAAUUUGGUGUGACAGUUCGCGAGAGCGAGCAUGUAGUAAAGGUCAAACCGUUGCUGCAUCCUUGGUUUGUGGAUAAGGAGCAACAAUUAUGGGCCAAGAGCAAAUCUAAGAGCAUGGCAGAACAACACCUUGAGUAG